AUGGCAUCUUAAAUGUAGGAGCCUCUUUUGAAAGUAGAAGCCCUGACUGACUUUGGGAUGACAGCGAGUGAAUUAUCGUAAUAUAUUUGAAUUGAAUGUAAAGUUAGAUGUUUGUACCUGAUAAUAUAAGAGAUGGAUCAAGUUUAGAUAUAUUGUCUAGAUUUGGAAAGAUUGAUGGACUAUUGACUAAAUUGAAAACAGAUCCCAAGGUAAUUAAAGUAGAUAAUUUGAUAGAGAGGAUUGGAUGCAACAAACAUCAAUGAUUUGGAAUUGAGAGUUAAAAAGUAUUUGCAUAUUUCUAUAAAUAGUUUUGGAGACAACAAGCCAGAAGUUAAAGAACCUAAAACUCUAUUAGAAUAUGUAUAUAAAAAUGGAGAUAUAAAUAGAUUCUUGAAAAUUUUGAAGAUCCCAUGUUAAGAAUAUUGUGUUUGGCAGCAGCAGUGAAUUUAAUAAUAGGUGUAUGGACUGAAGGUUGGAAAGAAGUAAAUUCUCAUUAAAUUUAAAUAGGGUUGGAUGGAUGGAAUGGCUAUAUUCAUAGCUGUAAUAAUUAUUGUAUCUGUAACAGCAGGGAAUAAUUAUGUGAAGGAUCAAUAAUUUAGAAAAUUAAAUGCCAUAGCAGAAAAUAGGAAUGUAAAUGUGAAGAGAGGAGGCAAAAUAGUGAGCACCAAUAUUUAUGAUUUAUUAGUUGGAGACAUCAUGAUAGUGGACACAGGAGAGAAGAUGCCAGUCGAUGGCUUGGUUCUCGAAUCAAGUGAAUUGACUGCUGAUGAAUCUUCUGUCACUGGUGAAACUAAACCUAUUAAAAAGACAAUUCCUCUAUCUUAUGAAAGGAAGGACUAAAAAGAAAAUACCAAUUCCUUCUUGAUCAGUGGCUCAUCUAUCAUUGAUGGAACAGGAGAGAUUCUCAUUUUAGCUGUAGGUGAGAAUUCUCAAUGGGGUAUUUCAAAGAAGUUAAUGACAUAAUAGUCUAAGGAUGAUAAAACUCCAUUAUAGGAAAAACUAGCUAUUUUGGCUGAUUAAAUAGGUGAAUAUGGAUUGAAAGCAGCCAUAAUAACAUUUAUUUCUAUGACACUUCACCUAUUAUAUGAUGCUGCUUUUAAUGAAUAUCCUUUAUUUUCUGCUCAUGCUGUCAAAGAAAUAUUAAAUUUCUUUAUUGUUUCAGUUACUAUCAUUGUUGUUGCAGUUCCAGAAGGAUUGCCAUUAGCAGUGACUAUUGCGUUAGCUUACUCAGUUGGAAAGAUGAAGGAUGAGAAGAAUCUCGUUCGAUUUUUAUCUGCUUGUGAAACCAUGGGUGGGGCUAAUAAUAUUUGCAGUGAUAAGACAGGCACUUUAACUGAAAAUAAAAUGACUGUUACGAAUUUGUACAUUGAAGAUACAGAUUUUAAUAAAUUAGAUCCUAAAGCAAUUAAGAGUUCAACAUUGUCAUUACUUUGCGAAGGAAUAUGUUUGAAUUCAAUGGCUCAUCCUUAGAUAGACGAGAAUGGCAGAUUUGAACAUAUAGGAAACAAGACUGAAUGUGCUCUAUUGGAACUAGCCUAUAAAUUUGGAUAUGAUUUUAGAUAGAUUAGAUAAAAUAUGGGAGAAAAAAUCAAGAAGAAAUUCCCUUUCAAUUCUGAGAAAAAGAAGAUGACCAUUGUACUUGAUCUAAAGGGAGAUAGAACAUAAUUCACCAUAUUCACAAAAGGUGCUCCAGAUGUCCUUUUAGAAAGGUGUUCUCAUUAUAUUAAUGCUGAAGGAAGACCUGUUGUGUAAUAUAUAUUCUUAUAUUCUAUAGCAUUACUAAUGAUUAUAAAUAAAGGAUAAAUGCUGUCAUUAAAAAGUAUGCCUCUCAAUCCCUGAGAUCAAUACUCCUCUUAUAUAGAGAGACUAUGUUAUAAGGCAGACCUACAAAACCAGAUGACUUCAACAAUAUUGAAGACACAAUAGAUAAAUAAUAUACUAUAAUUGGAGUCACUGGAUUGCAAGAUCCCUUAAAAACAGGCAUAAUCAAAGCAGUUUAGCAAUGCAAAGAGGCAGGAGUUAUUGUAAGAAUGGUCACUGGUGAUAACUUUGAUACAGCAGUUGCAAUAUCUAAAUAGGCAGGAAUAUUACCAUAAAAUUAUGAACAUAAUGAUGAUUCAUUGGCAGUUUUGGAAGGAAAAACAUUCAGAAAAAUGGUAGAAGGAUUGAUUUAUGAAAAUGAAGGAGUUUCAGUUAUUCCCAAAGUCAAGAAUCUUCAAAACUUUACAUUAAUUGCCAAUGAAUUGAGAGUGUUGGCUAGAUCUUCUCCCGAAGAUAAAUUCUUAUUAGUAACAGGGUUGAAACAACUAGAAAAUGUUGUGGCAGUAACGGGAGACGGGACAAAUGAUGCCCCAGCAUUAAAAAAAGCAGAUGUUGGUUUCGCAAUGGGUAUUUAAGGAACUGAAGUAGCAAAGGAAGCUGCUGGCAUUAUACUUUUAGAUGACAAUUUCGCAUCUAUAGUGACUGCUAUGAAAUGGGGUAGAAAUAUUUUUGAUUGCAUAAGAAAGUUUCUAGUAUUUUAGGUUACUGUAAAUGUUGUUGCUGUCACGAUGGCAUUUUUGGGAGGUGUCUUUUUGAAGGAAUCACCUCUUACAAGUAUUCAGAUGUUGUGGGUCAAUCUCAUCAUGGAUACUUUGGCUUCUCUAGCAUUAGCUACUGAACCACCUACUGAUGAAUUACUAACACGUAAGCCGUAUGGUAGAAAAGAACAUAUGAUCACACCAGGAAUGUGGAGAAGCAUCAUUUGUCAAGCCGCAUUUUAAUUGUUUGUUCUAUUAAUCAUCUUAUUCAAAGGGGAUUCCAUGUUUGGUAUUGAAUCCAGCAGAGGACAUAGACUCGAUGAAGAAUAUAAGUAAUUUAUAGUAUCUAUGUCAUAGUCCUGUAUUUUAAGAACAUUACACAAUCUUCUUUCACAUUUUUGUAUUUCUACAAGUUUUUAAUGAAAUCAAUGCCAGGAAAUUAAAAAAAACAGAAUUAAAUGUAUUCGAAGGAUUCUUCAACAAUUGGCUCUUUAUCUCUGUUAUAACUGGAACCAUCGUCGUUUAAAUUCUUAUUGUGUAAUCAAAUCUCAUAAUUAUUAUAGGGAAUUUGGAGGAAAGGCUGUUAAAGUCACUCCUUUAGAUUUUGCCCAUCAUUUUAUCUGUAUUCUAAUUGGAAUGUGCAGUUUGGCAAUUGGCUAUUUAAUCAAACAAAUACCAGAUCAAUACUUUUAGUCCAUUGAAUUAUUCCGUGAACAGAUUGCCACUGAAGCAGAUCCAAACACUAUUUAGGUAUUACUUUCCCACUAUAAUUUUCAAGGGCAAACUUAAAAAACCAUCUACAUUCCUGAGAAAAAAGAGACAAAUUGAGGGCAAACAACCUAUAAAAACUAAUUAAGAGAUUGAAAUGAAUUCAGGUCAAAGCAACUUUAAAUUAAAAUGA